CGGCUCUCGCUGGUGUGGGGCUGGUACGGCGGCGUGGCGAUGCUUGCGGGCUGGGCCCCGCCGGCCGCUGCCGGCUGCACGGCGGCUCUGGCGGCAGGGCUGUCGCCGCUGCUGUGCAGGCUGUCGCCGUGCUGGGUGACGGCGCGGCGAGCGGCCGGGCAGUGGCCGAGCCCGUGCCUCCGGGUACCAGAGGCGGCGGAGGCGGCAGAGCUGAUGCAGCAGGCACAGUCGGAACAGUCCCCCAGCGCGCCGCUUCGCCGUUACAUCGUCUGCCCGCAGCUGGCGCGCAUCGUGCAGCGCUGCCUGCAGCGCCCUGGCCACUCCGGCCACCAGCCCGUUCUGAUCGAGUGCGCGCCCGGUCCUGGAAUCUUGACCCGAACUCUGCUCAAUGCAGGUGUUAGAGUGGUAGCUCUAGAAAGUAACUUAGCUUUUCUUCCAAACUUACAGUCCCUAGAGAAUAGCCUGGAUGGACAAUUAAAGGUAGUUUAUGGUGAUUUCUUCAGACUUGAUCCUUUGGUGACUCAAACAGCAAAACCACCUGCUGUGUAUUCUGAAAAACUUUUUGAAACCAUAGGGGUAGCAGCAGUUCCAUGGAAAGCAGAUGUACCUGUGAAAGUUUUUGGAAUGUUACCCCAAAAAAAGGAAAGGAAUGCACUUUGGAGGCUUCUUUUUGCUCUAUAUGAAUGCAGUUCCAUAUACAGAUACGGAAGAGUAGAACUCAACAUCUUUAUAAGUGAAAAAGAAUACAAGGUAUUAACAGCAAAGCCUGGGGAAAUAAGAGCUUACCAAGCACUUACUGUACUUUAUCAAGUAGGAUGUGAUGUUCAGCUUCUUCACAAGGAACCUUGGUCAUCAUUUGUAACCAAUAUGAAAAACGGGGCACUGGCAAUACCAAAAAGCAUGUGUCUGCCAAAUGAUCAUUUCUGUUUGGUACGACUGACUCCUCGGCAAAACCUUUUUUCAAGAGGCUUGAAGUCCACAAAUUCAUCUACCUUUAUUUUCAUGGUGAAACAGUGUUUUGCUAGACCUAAGUCUAGACUUACUGAUAGAUUGAAUUCAUGGAGCUUGGACAACAGUGUCAAAUUGCUGAGAGAGCUAGAAAUUCCAAAAAAUGCUGAAACACGUAACUUAUACCCAGAAGACUACAGACGACUUUUUGAGGCUUUGCAAAACUCUGAUAUGUUUACUGAAACCUGGUUCCAUGAUGAAGUCUUGGACAAUAUAAGGAACAUGAACUUAUAAUUCUAAAGCUGCUGUCUUUUAGAAGAACAUCUUUGCUUCUGGAAGAUUACUUUGAUAAGAAAUGAUUCAAAUAAAAACAGAGAUACUGUUAGAUUAUUUCCUGUCCUAACAGGAAAAUAAAUUUAGCAAGUAAAAAGAGGCCUUCUACACAGGAUGAAAGUAAUAGAUUCACAAUCCUAUCUAGAAUGGACAGCUUUGCAUCUUUUACAGGAGCAUAUUGGUCACCAGCUGCUUAGGGAUGUACCACUUAAAUGUAACUUUUUGUUAUACUGCUGUAUAUUUACAACAUUUGAAAAAAAACCCAGACCAAAUAUCAUUAUUUGCGUGUUUUGUAUUUUAAUGCUCAGUGAUUUGAAUGCCUUUUCACAGAUUCACAAAACACAUAGGUCUGUACAACCAUUGAAUCUUUUAUAUUGGCUCCUGAUCUAAAAACCUUUCAGUUUAAAGUCAACAUAAUAUUAAUAAAUCAAUAGAGCUGUGUUAAAACAGCAUGAUAAAACAUUGGCUGAGAGUUGUGGCGGUUUUGGUGUUUUUUAACUAAAGAUUGUUAUCUCUCUGGGGAGAAAGGAUGUAUCAACUCUUUCUUUUGAAAGUUUGUGAAGAGGACUGGGUGACCUGUUCUAAUUUACAAUCCACAAACACAUGUGUGCUUAUAGGCUUUAUUUUAAGUCUAAAAAACAAAGUCACCAGAACAUUCAGUGCUGUUUGGGGGGAAAAAAGUCAUCUUGUUUGCAACCUUUGUGAAUAUGUAUUUGAUUAAUGCGUAUUUUAUGUACAAAAUAACUUACUUCAGAAGCAUAUGAUAUUAAAAUCCUUUUUAGCCAAAGUCA